AUGGCCUCUGAUCUAUGAAAUACCAGUCUGCACAAAUAAACAUUUGUUUACCUAAUUUUUUGAGAAAAAAGAUAGAGAGCUGCUGAGAAAUGUAAAACUUAAAUAUUUAAAGUUUCUAUAUUCAAAAUACCAGCAUGAUGUGAUAUGUAGGUAGCUGUUAGAUGAACAGUAAAUGGAUGCAAACAAAAAUAACGAUAUAUCGUCAAAAUUAUCAAGGUAUCUCUACCCCAUGCCCCAUUGCGGGACUUCACAUAAUGAUCACCGCUUAUCGUUACCGCCCUUCAAGAAUGUCUGAUCAUAAUAGAAAAGCUAUAACUUUUAAUCUAACCUCAUCUCAGUACAGCGUUAUUAGAUUUUCUAUGGCUCUUAUACUUAUGCAUAUUAUUUAAAGUUAAACGGGAGUUAUUUAACCUAACUUUAGUUAAAUUACAUAUAAAUAUUUUAGGUAAUAAUAAGAAGCGUAAACAAUCAUCAUUCAUCGUACACUUGAAGCCAGUAUCGUACGGGUUGCAGACCAAGAGCUAAGCUAAGUUAGUUUAGCUUAGCUCGCAUAGCUGACGCAGUUUUCCAUACUUGUGUGCAGACCGCAAACUAUGCGAACUAAGCUAUGUGAGCUAACUAAAAUAUGCGAAGCUAAGUUAGUUGUGUAUGCCGAUGCGCAGCUACACGAGCUAAGCUAAGCCCCUCCCGCUACCCCGCACACCAUUUGCACUUCCUUCGCCACACUGACUGAGCUUUGGCUUAGCUGUUGGUGUGCACGCUAUUUAUUUCUAGCUUAGCUUAGCCUAGCUUGCUUGGCAUAGCUUAGUUUAGCCUUGGCAUAGCUUAGUUUUCGGUCUGCAACCGGCUUUGAGCCCUUCAGUUUUUAUCACACUUAUAAAUAGUAUUUUAACAUUCUCGUCUCCGAUAAUGUCCAAUAACAUAAGUGUCAUUUAGAUUUAUUAACCCUUAGAUAAGCCAAGUUUGUUUUUGUUAGUCGUCGCAACUCGCAACCCCGUCUACCCCUAAUUUUUUGUUAGUUAUAAGCUCAUAUUUUAAACUCAGUUGUCACCCAGCUUGAAAAAAAAGUUUUAUUUAAACAUCUCCAUACAAAACUCCACCGAACUUAAUUCGAGGUAAGUAAUUUUAAUUUUAUCAAGUUUAUCGGUAUUUUUGUAAAUGACAGUAUAAUUGAGCUGUAAUUAGUAAUACCAUUAUUGAAGUACAUGCUAUUAAAUGUUCAUAUCGUGAAAGUAAUUGUCAGGUCUAUUAAUGUAAUUGGUUUUGCCUUUGUUCAUUCUAUUUCUAUUGCCCAAACCACACACAACCCACAUUAAAACUGUUCUCAAUUAAUUUAUAAAGAAUGAUACCAAAACAUCGAUUACCUUGCGUUGAAUACAUCAAGAAAUCUUUUGGGAUUUUAAAUCCUUUUCUAAGAAUGUUUUCGUUAAAUUGUGACAGGUUUGAACAAAAAAAGUAUACAGUGUUAUCGAUACUAAGAUUCAUUUUACCGGCUUUUAUUCUUGGGUCCAUUGAUGCUUUGACAUUAUAUUUCAAGAUUUUAUAUACAUAUCACGAUGUGGUGGUCUCAAUUAUGUACACAGAUGCAGUACAAGUAACAUUUGAUUUUUUUCAAUAUAUCGUUGAUUUGUAUAUUGUAUAUAGAUGCGGCAAUUCUUUAGAAGAAUAUUACAAAAUAUACGAGAAAUUGGAUGAGGUACUUGGAGUGAAGUACUGUGGAGUUUUGUACGGAAAGCUGCGAAAGAUUCUUAUACUUUACGGCUUUAUAUGGACGAUCAGCUGUGCAGGCGAUUAUUGGGCUUGGCUCGAUUCAUCCGGUUGGAAAACAGCAUCGGCAUUUUCAAUAUCCUACAUUUUUGUCCUGAUAAAAAUUAUAACUAGCCUAGAUAUGACGGUGCAUCUAAUGCAUAUAUACUUUCGUCUCCGUGCUAUUGGCGACGCAGCAGAAUCUCUUUGUAAAAAACUGGAAUGUUCAUAUCGGGAAAGAGUCGGUAAUGAGUCUGCUAUAAAAAUAAUUUCAGUUGGAACUACAAAUAGUACUGUUGAAGUAGUGAAAUGCUUACGUAAAUGCUACGUCUGGGUAAUUGAACAAGCAGGGUUCGUCAAUCAAGCGUUCGGAACAAGGGUCCUUCUGAACACCCUCAGUAUAUUGAUUGAUAUCAUACGAUUUACAAAUAUUGCUGCCAGGAUAUUGCUUGGAUCACAGCACCUACAUAGAAAUGCGACGGGUAUCUUCCCGGUGGUAUCAACAUUGAUGAGGCUAUUUACUUGCGUGCUUAUCAUCGUCAGCCUUGCUAGACAUUGUGAACUGGUGUACGGGCAACGGGAGAGAAUAAUCAAUAUAAUAGAUCACGCACUUGUCUUCAAUGAACCCAGUGAUGAUGUAAAAUCAGCUUUAAACGAACUCCGUCUCCUCACACAACAUAGACCAGUGGAAUUCUGCAUGUCCAACCUAGUUCGUAUCGACUAUUCACUAUUGGGAUCCAUGACUUCGAUAGUCGUAACUUAUACAAUUAUAUUAUUACAAAAUGUUAAUUAGAACAAAUUAAAAUAUAUGGAAACUGUUUUUUUUCGAAUCGCAAUUA